AUGCUGCUCAUCAAUUGGCUAAGCGAAAAGCUCUUCGGGCCACCUGCCGAAAUCGAAAUAACGGUGGAAGAGACGAAUCCGGAAACGUUGAUCCAGGCAUUGAUUCUAGGCUUCUUCACCGGGACGCUAAUUGUUACCUUGCUGGUCGGCAUAGCCACAUGUUACGCAUUCAAUUACGUGUUCCGAUGGGGCAGAAGGCGACAAGUAGCAAACAAGAAGCCGAAGGAAAGCGUUCGGCUCGAGUCGAGUGAAGCUGAUUUCGAACGCAUCGAGAAUGCUGGCGAGCAAAUCGCAAUCAAAGAGACUCCACAACGAGAAGCAGAAACCCGGAUCGAGGACACCUAUGAAAUUAUUUAUGAAGAAGUGGAAGCCCUUCCAAUUGUCGAGACGCAUGAGCGGACUGCCGAGCAUCGCUUCACGCUGAAUGAAGAGGCACUCCGGGAAGUUGCCGUCAUCAGCGUGGCCGGCGCGUUCCGAAAGGGAAAAUCUUUCCUGCUAAAUUUCUUCAUUCGGUAUCUACAGAAAUUGGAGCAUAAUGACGGAAGAAAAGACGAGACAUGGCUCGAGGCCAAGACGGCAUUCAACGUCUUUUCAUGGCGCAAUGGCCGCAAACCCGAAACAAACGGAAUUUUGAUUUGUAAGCGGCCAUUCCUUGUCAGGAACUCCAAAGGAGAGGAGAUAGCCGUUCUUCUGAUGGAUACACAAGGGGCUUUUGACUCGAGAUCAACGGUAACGGACUGUGCCACCAUCUUUGCCCUAUCAACGAUGGUUAGCUCCGUUCAGAUUUACAACCUAAGCCAAAACAUUCAAGAAGACAAUCUACAACAUCUCGAGUUGUUCACGGAUUACGGGCGAUUGGCGUUGAACAACGAAAGCAGCAAGCCCUUCCAGGACCUUGUUUUCCUUGUACGCGAUUGGAGCUGCCCGGAUGAGGCUGACUUUGGAUUUGGUGGCGGUCAUGAGGUUUUGGAGGAAUUUUUGAGGAUCCCGGCUGGGCAGCCCGUGGAGCUCGGGAAAGUUCGCAGAAACAUCCGAGAUUGCUUCCGGCAAAUUCGGUGCUUCUUGAUGCCCUACCCAGGGGAAGCGGUUGCAUCGAGCGGAACUUUCCGUGGGCAGCUGGAUGAGAUUUCCAAGAAAUUCCGGGACUCGUUGCGUGAACUGAUCCCGGGCAUCUUGGAUGGUCAGAAGUUGGUGGUGAAGGAAGUCAAUGGGCACGCGGUGACUUGCCGCGAGUUGUUCCAACUCUUCAAGAGUUACAUGGAGAUCUUCCAAAGCGACACGCUGCCGAUGGCCACGACAAUGCUAGAGGCCACAUCCAAGGCGAACAAUUUAUGCGCCGUGGAAGCGGCGCGUAAUUGCUACAACGAGGGCAUGGAAUUGGUUUGCCGUCCAGGCAGUCCCUUCAUCCAGUCGUCAGAUCUGAAUACACUUCAUGACAGCUGCAAACGGAAGGCCGUCCAGAAAUUCCGGGAUACCCCAAAAAUGGGUGGUGCCGAAUAUGGUCUGCCAUUCCUUGAAGAGCUCGUGACGCACAUUGACAAGCACUAUGCUACCCUAAGACAAAUAAAUGAUGCCAAAAAAGUCACGAUUGGCAUGCUUUUCAUGGAGGCACUUUCGGCGUUUCUCACAAAAUGGCGGCCGUAUAUUCUACUACUCAUGGCCGUCGUUGUUGUAGUAUUAGCUGCCCUAAUCUUGCCGGGUUUCGGGCUAAUCAUUGCCCCGAUACUUUUGAUUGGAGAAGCCUCAGCCAUCUACAUUUUAUUUUUUGGUUUAUUACUUGUCGUCUUUCGUCUGGGACAGUAUUAUGCUCUUCGAUCAGUAAAGUUGAGGGCUGAUGGCUGCGCGAAAUUGAAG